AUGGUCUCUUCGCGUAGUCUCUUCUGUCUACUCUCCUUUCUUCUCUGGCGUAUUUGGCUUCUGGUUUGGCUCAAACAAGUUUGUUUUUACUUCAAUUCAUUGAAAAUCUUCAGAUCUAGUAUCGCCGAUAUGGGUUCCACUUCCAUAUGCAGUCCUAGAAAGUAUGGCAUCAAACAACAACUAGGGUUCGAAGCCUGGUCCAGUCUCAGCCAGUCCAAUCUAGUCCAAUCCAAAAACUACCGGGAGGUUUACAGCCACUCUUGGUUCUGA